GGUUCAAUAGUGUAUUUGCCAAAGAAGUUAAGUUUCCAAUUAUGCAUAGAGUUGGAAAUAACCUGAUAAAGAAUUUCAACGAAGUAAAUAGGUCAAUGGAACUCAAUGAAGAAUUUCAACGAAGUCAAUAG